CAACGUGACAGGAUCCGGCUGAAGCCAACCGGAGCUGUGAUGCGCUGCUCCUAGUCUGAUCUGGGAUCGGUCCCUGCUGCGCCUCAUCUGGAAACAAGCGUCGGGGGGAAAUCAAACAAAACCACACAUUUCAUCACUGCCGAGGUGUGCGUGUGUUAGUGCGUGAGUGCGUUUUAAGAAGGCGAACGUUGUUGGAGAAUAACCCCGUUUGGUGAACGCUUCCAUCGGAGAAGGGGGUGGUGGUUCUGGACCGGUCUGCAGAAGGCAGAGCUGCUUGGUUCCGACAGAUCAUCCGCGGACAGAGGCUUUGAGGAGGAAUCAUGGGGAAACAAAACAGCAAGCUGACCCCUGAGGUGAUGGAGGAUCUGGUGAAGAACACAGAGUUUAACGAACACGAGCUGAAACAGUGGUACAAAGGCUUCCUGAAGGACUGCCCCACUGGCAGGCUGAACCUGGAGGAGUUCCAGCAACUUUAUGUCAAGUUCUUCCCGUACGGCGAUGCGUCAAAGUUCGCACAGCACGCCUUCAGAACCUUUGACAAGAACGGAGACGGGACCAUCGACUUCCGAGAGUUCAUCUGCGCCCUGUCCAUCACGUCCCGCGGCAGUUUUGAGCAAAAACUCAACUGGGCCUUCAACAUGUACGACCUGGAUGGGGACGGCAAAAUCACCAGAGUGGAGAUGCUGGAGAUAAUCGAGGCCAUCUACAAAAUGGUGGGCACCGUGAUCAUGAUGAAGAUGAACGAGGACGGUCUGACACCACAGCAGAGGGUAGACAAGAUCUUCAGCAAAAUGGAUAAAAACAACGACGACCAGAUCUCGCUGGAGGAGUUCAAGGAGGCGGCGAAGAGCGACCCGUCCAUCGUGCUCCUGCUGCAGUGUGACAUGCAGAAGUGAGCCCCCCCACACACCUCCACACCUCCCUGCUCGCUCCUCUCCCUCAUCUGCAUCCACUCUGGACAGCAGCACACGGUUAAAUGUCUCAUUAAGUUCUCUGCCAUUUCUACAGGAAAACAAAAGUAAUGCUUGGACUAUUUUUCAAUGGACUCGCUUCUUGUGGUCGUGUGCAUGAGAAUGUCAAAUGCAGAUUAAUUUUGAAAAUAGCUAUAAGACGUCAUAGGUUUCUAUUUAAAAAAAACAAACGAACAAAAAAAACCCACGCCGAUGUGAUUUGUGCACAGUGACCCUCUCAUCCAACCUUAGCUUGUACCUCAGUGGAGCACUGCGUUCACUUUUGUUUCUGCAGUAUUUAGGAUCCCCAGUGUUCACUGCUGCAACUACUGUACGCUUCAACAUAAUCGUAACAAAAACAAUAAUUCCUAUGAUAAUUGUAACCGUCUCUACUAUCCAGACUUGUCGAGCUCUUGGAGAAUAGAAAGACUCCGGUCUGUUUCAGAUGUUUUCACACGACAGAACCAAGAAGAGUAGGUUCUUUGCAUGCAUAUAUUACGUGUCAGAAAAUUUAACCUCUUACCUUUUGCAACUUUAGGUGGCUAUAAAAGAGAAAACCCUCAUUUAUUCUUGUUGCAUGGGCUGUACAGUGUGUGACGCAUCCGUUCACCUUCAGUAACGUGGGAGCAUGCUUCCCUCCGUUUGAGCAGCGUUUCUGAAAGCCGUUCGGGUCGCAACUCCCCCAAAAAAAGCUUUCACGUAAACACGCAGUCCCGUUUUGCUUCAGUGACUUCUGAGAUGAACAGAAAGAUAAAUUUAUGAACCAUCAUUCCCUUUGAACGUGUUGUUCUGCUAACACUUCACCCAGAGGAAAGGCCCAAAUUCCAGCUGUGAUUGGGCGGUUUGCUGAAAUCUGCUUCCCGUCAAGCUGCUUCUUUGAUUUUUUUAGGCUUGGGGGACAAAACUGUAUUUAAUCAAGUUGGCAUCGACUUUAAGUAAUUUUACUCUACAUAUCAACAUGUUUACAGAAAUUAAGAGCACUGCAAAACUAGAAUGUUCCUGGAGAAACUUUGACGGGGACUGCCACGUGGCGGCCAUUUUUAAAUUUUGAUUUGACAGUACUGCGUGUUGGGGCUCGCUCUCAGCUACUAACGAACAAAAUUUCAGCUUAAAAUUUCAAAAUAUCAACGAGUUAAAGUCAGUUUUUCUUUUAAGCUAUGGUGGCCAUCUUGAAGUUUUUUUAUUUCAUUAUUUACUGGGCAAUGAUCUCAGCUACUACAAAUUUCAGUUUAAUAUUUCAACAAAUGGAUGAUUUACUGUAUUUUUCUUUUUUAGCUCAGGUGGCCAUCUUGGAUGUUUGAUUUGCAACCGGUCUAUGAAAAAUGACUAAUAAAAAUGGCGUCUUUGCAAAUUACGUCGCCGUGGUAACACAAAACGCCAAUAAAAAUAAUAGCACACAUCACGGUGCCGAGGCGGUCGUUUUGAUAUAACAUUUAUGAGGGUACACACUGUGGUUUGGACCGCUUUAAAGUUGAUGGAAGAAUAAGAUAUAAAGUUAAGAAACCCUUGUCAGGUGGAUAAUAAUAGGUGGCUGCUUCAGGCAGUCCUCAAUAAUUAGUGUAGACUUUUGACCCCGUUGCUGGGAGCUCAGUGUCAGAGUGGCUCCACGAACAGCCUCGUAUACGUUUACUGGACAAGCUGCAUUCCUUCACGUGAAGCCUUUUUGUAAGGAGAAACAUUUAUCGAAAAGUGUCACCUUCAGUUCGUUUGCAGCGAUCAUUAAAGAUGCGGACACGUCCAGGGAGGUGCACGAUGAAGCUUUUGAAAGAGAGUUUCACUGAGAAGUUCGUACCGAUCCAUGAUAUUCUGGCGUUUUAACAGUUUGCACCCCCACAUUCACAGCCUAUGCAAGCAUGGGCCGAGCGUCCGCUUGUUGUUCCCGUCUGGGUCGUGGGAGCUGCAGAAGCUUUUCAUUGUUUUCUCCGUAACCGAAAUAAAACCAACUCUUCAGCGUCUCAAUCAUUUGUAAAAAAAAAAAUUCAGUCCGGACAGAUUCUCUCUUUUUUUUUUUUUGUCAAGUAAAUGUUUAUAUCAAAUAUGAGAAAUAAUUAUGUGACUGUAUUCUUUUAUACAUGUGGCAUGUGUUGCACCCAAAGUCAUUUCUGUCGUGUUUUAAAUUAAUAAACCAUCAACAGGCUUUUUUCAAAACACA